AUGCUCUCUUCAUCAAAUAUAUUCCCCACUACGAGACUUAUCAAAUCCUGGAAAGGCCUUUGGACUGCAAACGCAACCAUGAUCAAUGCAAGACCAACAGCUCUCGAUGUGACGAAAGAAGUUAGUGCUAAAUACAAUAUCAUUACACCAAACUCCAAACCAGAACGGCCAAUAGAACAGCCGAUUGAUGUUAUCAAAGCCGAGAAAGAAUUUAAGAUAACCUUUUUGAUGGGUUACUCUAUCCUUAUCAAGGACGGGAACUACUAUAUGAUACUCGCAGCUCAGUUCCAGGGUCAUCCCCAUAAGAUUUAUUGCGUGUCGUGCCCGCAGAAGAUUUGUGUUCACAGUCUCUCCAAAGAUAAUCAAAUACACCUUUCAAAAAGGCUGGAGAGUAUCAAGGAGCUUAUACCAGAACCAGUCUGGCAAAAGCUCGCAAAACGUUACAAUAUUAUUAAAAAAGACUGGCUUGUGAUUUCUGGAGAAUCUGAGGCUUGA